UAUGAAAUAUAGACAAACAUUUAGAGUGAUUAUAAAGCAUCUUAUAAACCAUGACUUAUUCCUGGAGAGGAAAAUGCUUGAUGAUAUAGUCUGGUAGUUCCGUAAUUCUUUCAAACCGGAAAUGGUGAAUUCUUGUUUUAAUUUUAGUGGAGUGUUACCUUACAUUUUCAAAAAUACGAAUUUACAAUGAAUGCUCCGCCAACUUUCGAGUCAUUUCUCCUCUUUGAUGGGGAGAAGAAAAUUGAAAUCGUCAAAGACACGAAGGUUCCAAAUGCAGCUAUGUUUACAGUAAAUAAGGAGGACCACACAUUGGGGAAUAUGAUAAGAGGACAAUUGUUGAAAGACCCUCAAGUGUUGUUUGCAGGCUAUAAGAACCCCCACCCCUUAGAGCACAAGAUUGUUGUGCGGAUACAGACUACCUCAGACUAUAGCCCUAUGGAGGCAUUCACAAACGCAAUUACAGAUUUGAUCUCAGAAAUUUCAUUGCUCGAAGAAAGAUUCAGAGAUGCAGUUAGGGAAAAACAAGAGACUGAAUGAAGAGAAAACUAUUAUUUUAUAUUUAUGGAUAUUUUUAUACA